UUUUGGUUGAAGAGGGCACUACUGUUUUCUGCUUUAUCUAUGUAUAAUCUGUCCCAAUUUAUUGACCUCUCGCUCGCACAUCUCCCAUCUCACCUGGCAGCUCAGCGGUUUGAACCGCGUAAACUUCCAUCAUUGGCGUCUUGUUUUCUGCGACGCACAGUCGAGUCGUGCUUGAAGGGGUACCUACGUACUUGCUAUAUUUUAUUGCAACUUUGUACAUUCAACUCCUUACAAUACACGACGUUCUUUGUGAGGGAACCUAUCACACAGUCGGGGUGGAAAUUACUAAGAAGCCCUAGAGGAAAGAAAGUUGACCCGGUUUUUUGGGUAAGCCACUGUAAGGAGCUCCUUCACGACAGGCGUGAAGCAGCAAAGUGUUCAAACUUAUUUGUACAUUUAAGAGGUCAACCUAAAGCUGCAUCUAGGACAGUGAUUGCUGGAUGGGUAAGGACAUUAUUAGCUGAAGCUGGAAUCAUCGCGUCCCCGGGUAGUAUUCGAUCAGCGGUAGCUUCAAAGAACUGGGCUGACAACGUUCCUAUAGACGACAUCCUAUCGCGAGGAAAUUGGAGAUCUGAAAAUACUUUCAGACAUUUUUAUAGACGGGAAAUUAUCAAAGUCCCUGCGCAAUAUGGUAUUACUAACUCUUUUGUUCCAUAUCAUUAAUUAUUUUUCAAAUGUAUUUGAUUGCAUAAGUUUUGCUACUUGCCUAUAUACCUACUAAUCUUAAGUAGUAAGGUAAAUUAUUUUCAUGUUGGAGUAACAAGUGAAUACCUUUUUGUGUAUUUUAAUUUUUAAUAAAUAUUUUUCUCAUACAAUCUAAACCCCUUUUAAUAGCUAAGGUCCUCUUGGAUCUACGUAAAGCUGUCGUAUGAGUACCUACCUACUUUAAUCUGUAUUUACACAUUCUUUUAAGUAUAGGUAAAAAGUCACAUUGGCGUCCAUCUCCACCAGGCGAUAACAAACACGUCUUCAACCAAAAGUUUCAAAUAACGGUCAAGGAUUAAUAGCAGCGUUUUACCUGAAAAAUAAAACGCUUAUUAAUACUUACCUUAUUUGAAACUUUCCCUUUUAUUUCUGCCUGGGUGGGUUUUCGACUCAAUGAUGGAAGUUUACGCGGUUCAAACCGCUGAGCUGCCAGGUGAGAUGGGAGAUGUGCGAGCGAGAGGUCAAUAAAUUGGGACAGAUUAUACAUAGAUAAAGCAGAAAACAGUAGUGCCCUCUUCAACCAAAAGUUUCAAAUAAGGUAAGUAUUAAUAAGC